AGACGUUUGAGCACGUGACCGUGAUGUUAUGAUUUUGAUAGUGACUGUCAAUGGACGUCGAUUCAUUCGAAGUUUUACUAAGUUUGCAUAAAGGUGACUAGGCUGCAGCACAGCCUACCUACAGCGUUGUCGUAGCGAUGUAUGGACGUGUGUACGCCAGCAUCCUGCAACGAGCCGCAAACUACUCACUGACAUUUUAUUCUGCCGCCCAAUUCCAGUAUGCCCGCGCUGUAGUAUUUUCCUGUUCUCAACCUCAACUAGACCACUGCUUUCGCUUCUCAUCCUGGGGUCCCUCCAGUGGAGAGGAAUCUGGAAAUUGGUCUCAAAGCCAGCGACACCUCUCAACUCGUCAGGAUCUGGACUUCCAGCUGAGCAGAGUACAGAUCAACAGUAUUCUGAGAUCCAAUGAACAGUCUGUGAGUGUGCCAGAGUUUGAUGGCAGGGGACUCAGUGCUGUAAGAAAGUUUGAGAGCAACCAGCUAGCUGCUAACACUCCUAAUGAGGACCGUCGCAGUGCAGCUACCUGCUUACAGUCAAAGGGCAUGCUCUUUGGAGUGUUUGAUGGCCAUGGAGGGUGGGCGUGUGCUCAGGCUGUUAGUGAGCGGCUGCUGUACUAUAUAGCAGUUGCAAUGAUGCCAAAGCACAGCCUGGAUGAGCUUGAGAAAUGCAUGGAGCAUGGCAGACCUAUUCCUCCCAUCUUGCAGUGGUAUAAACAUCAUACAGACUUUAAUUAUCGUGAAUCUGCUUCCCUGUACAUAAACAACCUCAGAGUGUUCUGGCAAGAAUUACUGGACAGUGAUGAACAUGAUUCGGGCAUGAGUCCUCAAGAUGCUCUGGAUUAUGCUUUCAAACGGCUUGAUGCUGACAUCUCUCUGGAGGCUCAAGUUCCUCUUUCCAGUGACCUGAUGAGAAGUACAGCCAUCCAGGUUGCAUUUGCCGGGUGCACUGCAUGUGUGGCUCAUGUUGGUAUACACGGCAUCCAUGUGGCGAAUGCAGGUGAUUGCCGAGCAGUAUUAGGGGUGCAAAACGAAGAUGGCUCAUGGAGCGCUUUACCUCUUUCUCGAGACCAUAACUCACAGAACCAGGCUGAGGUGGAACGCAUCAAAGCCCAACAUCCAACUUCAGAGAGUGACACAGUGCUUACAGAUGACAGACUGCUAGGAGUCCUAAUGCCCCUGCGUGCAUUUGGUGAUGUGAGAUUCAAAUGGAGCCGUGAGCUGCAGCAAAGCAUUUUAGCCAGCCUGGAAUCUGGAGUGGACCUUGACUCUCUCAAUCUGUAUCAGUACACUCCGCCUAACUAUCUAACACCACCCUACCUGGAUGUGUCACCUGAGAUCACUUACCACAAGCUGAGACCUCAGGACCACUUCCUGAUCCUUGGCACUGAUGGGCUGUGGGAUGAACUAGGGAGUGAGGAAGCAGUACGGCUCAUUGGAGAGCACCUGAGUGGAAUUCACCUACAGGCUCCAGUUUCUCAGUCUGAGAGGCAGCUGAAAUUGGGUCAGAUGCAUGAGCUCCUUCUGAAACGCCGGGCCCGUGCCUCCCCUGCUUUGGACACAAACACUGCCACACACCUCAUCAGACAUGCACUUGGCACCGGAGAGUAUGGCGAACUUUCCCAGGAAAGGCUGGCCUCAAUGCUCGCUUUGCCAGAGGAUCUGGCUCGAAUGUACAGGGACGAUAUCACAGCUACUGUGGUGUAUCUGAACUAUGACCUGGCCAGAUCUCACCACAACUAAUGGACAGAGAGAAACAAUCAUGACACUUUCUCUAUUCAGAUUAGGGAUGUGCCAGUAAGUAUUAACAAUAACCUUGACCUUAAAAAAAAAAAAAAAAAAUGAAGUAUUGAGAUCAUGUUAACUAGACAGAUAAUGAUAAUAAUACCCACAUAAUUGUUUUAUAUACUUUUUAUAUGACUUUGGUUACAGAUUCCGUCUAUCUACACUCAUAUAAUGAGUGCAAUUCCGUUGUCUAAAAAAAAAGACAAAAAGGAAAAAUAAAUAAAGUAAAAGAUUCUUUUAGAACAUUUAAAAAUUUUUCUGUAUCUUAAUAAUCUUAAAACAGUUUAAUAUGAAUUAUUGUAGCCAUGACAAUCAUUUAACAUUUUUUCAAGGUUGUCAUGUUUAGUUACAGCUCACUAUAAAGACUGAUUGAUUCAUGAAUGACAGUUUUCGGUGUUGUCUUACAGGUAGCCUGAACAGACAAAUGCAAAAAUAACCAUUAGUCUGGAACCUCUCAGUUCAGUUUCCACAUUCACCUCACAUAGUGAACAGACACAGGUUAAAAUACCUCUGGAUGCGAUUGCAGAUCUACAACAAAAUGAGAUGCAGUCCUGAGUGACCAAAAAUAUAAAUGCACUCCAUCUCGUACUUUCUGUAUAUCUGACAGUCAGUUGGCUGGAUGUCUCUUAGAAUGGAGGCUGAGCCAUAUGCUUUCUACCAGAACACAUGAAACGUCAUCACUCCGAUUUGUCUGGUUCUCAAGAACAGUUCAAAAGACUAAACUCAAGUUGCAUGUUCAUAUUUGCAGCAUUUAUUGGGUCACAAAUACAGUUUUUGUAUAGAAAAAGUGAUUCACUGUAAUUAAGAUGUGAAAAAAUCAGAGAAAACCCAACAGUAUAGAGUAAUGCACACUCACUUUGUUCUUUCAUUGUAUUUUUGUGUUUUUGCAUUUUUGCAAUAUCCAUUCAUGUCUUUUUUCUCUCGUUCAUGUGUGUGUGUGAACUGUAAAGUAUACCUUUUAAUGAAGUUUCAACAUUUACUGUAACUGUGUGUAGAUGUUUUUAUGUUACCAUUCCAGUUACUGUAAAAUUAAACUAAUAUUUCAUUAAAGAGACAAACUAAAAA